AGCCGCAGUGGUCAGUGUGCGGAUCAGCCCAGAGGAGCGACAGCUCGUAAGAUUUUGUUCAAUUUGUUUGACAAAAUUUAACAUUAAGCUGUUCGUUAGAGUCAGUGGACAUGUUUAACAGCAUUAUCAGGGAUUUUGAAGAAGACCCCUUUUUUUCCCCAGCAAGUGAACCUUUCCACCUUCACCAUGAACGCAUGGGUCAAAUGAUGAGCGGUUUUCGGAGUCCCUUCAGGCACGGCUUCAUGCCCAGUAUCACAAAUGGCCAGGACAGGGGACGCAGGGAAGAAGGUCAGGACCUCAGUGUAGCUCCUCACAACAGGAACAGAGACCUGGAUUCCUUCAGGAACCCUUUUGCCAUGAUGGACAGCAUGAGGUCACACAUGAGGGACAGAAGGGAGUUUAUGCACAGAAACAUUGAGGACAUGGCAUCAAACUCCAACUCGCACGCGUUCAGCUCCUCCUCGGUCAUGACUUACUCUAAAGUAGGAGACGAGCCAGCCAAAGUGUUCAAGGCCUCCAGCCAGACACGCUGCAUUCCUGGAGGGAUUAAGGAAACGAGGAGGACUCUGAAAGACUCUGAGAGUGGGUUAGAAAAGAUGGCCAUUGGUCACCACAUUAAUGACCGAGGCCACGUCAUUGAGAAGAAACACAACACCAGGACAGGAGAACGAGAGUUCAACCAAGACUUUCAGAACUUGGAUGAGACUGAAGCUGAAGCUUUCGAUGUGGAGUGGCAACAGAAGGUGUCUGAAUUUCAGCCUUCUGCACAGAUGUCCCAUCUGGAGGCCCCUAGAGCCAGAGCCGUUCACCAAGCAGCCAUCGCGGGCCCUGAACACACACACAGAGAAACCCAAGCGAGACCAGCAGAAUCCCAAAGGAAACUGCACGUUUCUGAGCUCAACAUUCAAGGCUCCAGCAAGAAGGAUUAGAAAAAACUACAAACUGAAAGAAAAGUCUGGUAAAAAUCAUCUCUCUGAUUUUCAUGCCAGCGCUUUUACUCUCAUACUGUGCAUCUGUUUUUCUGUCAUGUAAUCUACACUAAAGCAAGUCAUCCAAAUCAUCAGAGUCAUUUCGUUUCUGUUUUGACUGAAAAGUUUGAAGAAGGAAACCUGACACCUGUACAGUCGAAUCUUAAUGUGUGCUGUAACCAAAUAUGAAAUGUUAAAGAUAUGUGUUACACGGCGUGUAGAUGUUUACUAGUUUUCAUGCACCACACACACAUUUUAUUCUUUGACAAGGAAAGACUUGGAUUCUACAUGUUUUCUUGAAUGUCAUAGUGAUUUAAUUACAACGACUCAUUAAUUCACACUCAGAUGUUCUAAAAAUGCACUUUUCAACAUAUUCUUGUGUCCCAUUAACUAUUAUGGUUAUGCCCUUUAAAAAAGUAUUGUGGUUUUUUUUUUUUAUAUAAAAUUCUUUAUCAUAAUCCUGUUCCAGGUAGUCCAAUUUUUGUUCAAUUGUGUCUGCUUUUUUUUUCGUUUCUUUUUUCCAAAAAAUGUAAGACACAAUAAACCUUUAUUUAAGUCCGAGUUGUUAUUACAACAAAAUAACAGGUAAUUACACGAAUAUUAUACAAUAAAUUGCAAGACGAACGUUGGAAAGGUUUGUAUGUGCUUAUUAUCUUGACAUGAUUAUUUCUAUGGAUCUUUUCAAACCUUUCCACACAAAUCAAAACGGUGUCUUAUACAACAAAUCAAAAAAUAUAUUACAACAUGCACAUCCAA